UAGCCUAGUGUAAAACUGCGGCGACAUUGCUUUCAGGGCUGAGAUGUCUGACUAUUGCGCACAGGCUCUCUUGCGCAGUAGAUCCCGGAGUGCUAGCGACUUCUAGCAAUAAGAAUCCCGACGUAGGGUCCCCAGUCCACAGUGACCCAGGAAGGCUUGGGGUUAGCGUCUGAGCGCAGAAAGAGCACCGCUCCCGGCGGAGAUUGAGGCAAGCACCCGCUUUAUCACUAGGGCAGCUGAUGGACACAACCUAUUGCUUUUUCUUCCCAGGGUUCCGCUGGGAACGAAGCCCUUUUCUUCAGCCCCUUCGACUGACCCCUCAGUUUAAUCCUUUUCUCUUUAAGUGACUUCUGGAAGUUAGUAGAAAAGCAAAGCUCUGCCUGCUAGCUCCGGGUCAGGGCAGCUUCUCUCGGUGACACUGGCCUCGGGUGUCUGGCAGAGAUGUCCGCAGCUCCGCAGUUACAGGUUAGACUUGGGCGGGGGGAUCCUUAGUGCAAUCUGUCUGCAUUUUGCCGACGCCAUCAUCAUCACUAUUGUCGAUAUCAUCCUUAAUAUUAUUUUGCAAACGCCAUGCACUAUGGAAAUUAACCACUUCCCUUGACACUUCCAAUCCUGGCUCUUCUGCCUGGGUGGCUUUGCACUUGCCUUGCAGGAAACGAGGCUUAGGGGCGGGAGAAGGGGGCACCCAAGCUGCUGAGCAGCGUCCAGAUCUCAAAGCCCUGUCAGUUCUGCUGACCUCCACCUCUGCUGUCUGCCCUCUCCAAGGGCUCCAGGAGAAGGUCUCCCCAGUCCUAGGCACUUUGGAAAAGAUACGAAAGGAACACCUGCCGCCCACCCCGGCUUCCGCCCUACCCCUCCUCCCCAUACCCCCGCGCCAGGUUUGGGCACCUCGCCCAGCCGCUGGAGCGGGAAUGCAGACCUGAGACGUGCCUCGGUUUCCACUGGUGGGAGCCAACUUUGCUUUCCCCCGGACCCUCCCUCGCGCUCUCUCCGCAGCCCCAGGCUGCUGUUGCUGCUUCUGCUGCUGCAGCUGAAGCCGAAGGAGCGUUAGAAGCUCAGAUUCCGGCCAAGGGAACCUCCUUAGCGGAGCCCCAUGAUGUCAGCUUGCAUCGUGCAGCCGACGGGCGGCGGUGGGGACAGGGACGGGGCUCCGCAGUCCGUGCGGCUCUCCGACGGCAGCGCCGGCCCCGGUUCCGGAGCCUCUUCGUGCAGCCCCGGCUCCUGGACCGCGACAUCGCUACCGCCACCGCCUCAGCCUCCGCCGCCGCAGAGCCUGUGGCUCGAGCUCCGACCCGCCUGCAUGAGGACCCAGCAAUGCCCCAGCGAGUCCAGCGGGCAGACCAGCGGCGAGAUCUGCACUAGCAGCAGCAGCGGUGGCAGCAGCGCCGGGCUGUCCCCGGGCUCGGAUUCCGACAGCAGCGGGGUUGUGUGCGGCGGCCGGGGCGGGGGCGGCGGGGGGAUGCGAGGAGUCCUGUCCCGCUACUGGAGCCUGGAGAGUCUGCACUCAGCCACUGUGAUUCCUGAUGGAACUCUGGAUAAGUCAGCCCUUGGAGAUGAGCUGGGGAGUGAAGAGGACCUGUAUGAGGACUUUCGAAGCUCCACCCACCAUUAUGGCCACCCAGGAGGAGGAGGAGAACAGCUGGCCAUCAAUGAGCUUAUCAGUGAUGGCAGUGUGGUCUAUGCUGAGGCACUCUGGGACCAUGUCACCAUGGACGACCAAGAACUGGGGUUCAAGGCUGGAGAUGUCAUUGAAGUGAUGGAUGCAACCAACAAAGAGUGGUGGUGGGGGCGGAUCCUGGAUGGUGAGGGCUGGUUUCCUGCCAGCUUUGUCCGGCUCCGAGUCAACCAGGAUGAGCCAAUGGAAGACUACCCUGCCAAGGCCGAGGACGGCAAAGAAGCAGACACUGGCAGCAUCUCCCGGCGCCAAGGCACAGCACAGACCAGCAAGGAUCAGAUGAGGACCAAUGUAAUAAAUGAAAUCAUCAGCACUGAAAAAGAUUACAUCAAACACCUGAAGGACAUCUGUGAGGGCUACAUCAAACAGUGCCGCAAGCGGGCAGACAUGUUUACAGAGGAGCAGCUAAAGACAAUCUUUGGGAACAUCGAAGAGAUUUACAAGUGCCAGAAAAGGUUUGUGAAGGCACUCGAGAAGAAGUUCAACAGGGAGCACCCCCAUCUGAGUGAGCUGGGCUCCUGCUUCUUGGAAUAUCAAAAUGAUUUCCAGAUCUACUCAGAAUACUGCAACAACCACCCCAAUGCAUGUGUGGAGCUUUCUAAGCUGGCCAAAGUCAACAAGUAUGUGUACUUCUUUGAAGCCUGCCGGCUGCUCCAGAAGAUGAUUGACAUCUCCCUGGAUGGUUUCUUGCUGACCCCAGUACAGAAGAUCUGCAAAUACCCACUGCAGCUAGCUGAGCUGCUCAAGUAUACCAAUCCCCAGCAUAGGGAUUUCAAAGAUGUAGAAGCUGCCUUAACUGCUAUGAAGAACGUAGCCCGGCUGAUCAAUGAGCGGAAGAGGAGACUCGAAAAUAUAGAUAAAAUUGCUCAAUGGCAGAGUUCAAUAGAGGACUGGGAGGGUGAAGAUGUCCUUGCCAGAAGCUCUGAACUCAUCCACUCUGGUGAAUUAACCAGAAUCUCCCAACCCCAAGCCAAGAGCCAACAGAGAAUGUUUUUCCUCUUCGACCACCAGCUCAUCUACUGUAAAAAGGACCUUCUCCGGAGAGACAUCUUGUACUACAAGGGCCGAAUCAACAUGGAUGACAUGGAGAUCGUGGACUUGGAAGAUGGGAAGGACAAGGACUUUAACAUCAGUGUCAAAAAUGCCUUCAAGCUUCAUUGCAGCUCCACUGAUGAAAGCCAUCUCUUCUGUGCUAAGAAACCCGAGCAGAAAUUGCGCUGGCUCAAAGCCUUUGAGAAUGAGAGGAAACAAGUCCAGCUGGACCAGGAGACAGGCUUCUCCAUCACAGAGGUACAGAAGAAACAGGCCAUGCUGAAUGCAAACAAACAACAGUCCAGUGGGAAACCCAAAGCCGUGAACCGGCCUUACUAUGACUUCCUGAUGCGCCAGAAGCAUCCCACGUUGCCUGCUAACCUACCACAGCAGCAAGUCUUCAUGCUGGCCGAACCCAAGCGGAAACCAUCAAACUUCUGGCAGAAUAUCAGCAGGUUGACCCCCUUCCGCAAGUGACCAGCUGGAGGGGGCGGCCACUGUGCCCGUGCCUCAACAUCUCCCUCUCCUCACCCCUUCCAAUAAAGCACUUUAAGGAUCGGCCCCCAGUGGACUCAUCACCGGCUCCUCCAGCCCUCUCUGCUCCAUUCCCAAGUCUCCCCCCAUCCCUGCCAUACCCCCAGCCCCACACCCAUCCUCUCCCUAUUUAUUUUGCAAACUGAAUUCCCAAGUGGGGGAGGCAGCAAUUUGGUGUCAUCGGGGUUGGUGCCUUUUUUUUGUUGUUUUCUUUCCUUGACAUUGUUAGGAGCGAGCUGGGGAAAUCAUCCAAAACCAGACCAUGGACCCUUGAGGAUCCCCCCACAGAGACUGGCCUUUGUGUUGGAUCUUUCUCAGCCGCCCUACCAGCAACACCCCUUUGCCCCACCGAGCUGGAGACACUGGGGCAGCUCUCAUCCUCUUCCCCCAACCAUUUGCCCACCAAAAGGACUCUAACUUUUAACUGGUUUGGCCACCAUCUUGACCUUCCUCACUGGCCCUGAGGAACCCCACCUGGAACAACAUCUGGCACUGACUGAGCAUACUCAGAACUAUGGGUUCUCACUGACUUGACUUCUAUCCUGUGUUUCAGGUUUUUGUUGUUUCAUUCAAGGGUCAAUCCCAGGCUCCUUCCUCUUUGGAAAUUCUCCUGUGGCCUCGCAGUGGUUUCUUAGCAGGUGUAACCAGUCAUUUGGCCUUCUUUUCUGUCUGCCUAGAUAAGGCUUGUAUGUGUCUCACUGACCCUUGUUACCUUCUUUCUGGCUUUCCCCAGCAAUGGGGUGAGCCCCUCCCCAGUCCAUGUUGAAUGGUGCCAUUCAGCUAUCGCAUGGAGUAAAGUACAAGAAACUGACAACCUAGUUUCUGAUGUGUUUUUCCCCUCCUUUGAGUUAGGUCAAUUAGGAAAUGGGAAUACUGUGCCUAAGCAAAUCCUGAUCAGAACUAUUCUUGACUUUCUGUCCCAUACCCUUCACAACGUUGCUCCUGCCAAUUCAUUCCUCAACUCUGCUCCAUUCCUGGCCAAUGAAAAAGCCCUCUUCAUUUGUAAUGUGUUUAUUUAUGGUCAAAAGAAAACAAAAACAAAUACAGUCAGCUGUGGAUUUUGUAAAGGUUUGUAACCUGUCUCGUCAGCUGUUGGUGACUAUCA